CUCAUUCACAACUCAACGCCACAACCUGUUCAAGCCAUCGAGGGGCUCGGACAGCAUACGCAAAGGCAUGGAUUAUGCGAUACCUCAGCAUCUGUUGUGUUACGAGACGAUGGCCAACCACCGUUCACACCGAGCCCACCAUGCCCUGGACCAGCUUCACUGUCCUUCCUCAAAUUGCUUUCCCUUACAUCAAACCACGUGUUUGCCUCGAGACGAUCUCCAUAAGACCUGAGUCAUGUGCGAGAGCAACGCAAGGCUGUGACACUCUCGCCGUUGACCCAAGACAAGACAGUUGGACGCUGAGAAGCGCGCUGUGGCGGACCAAGAGAAGAGUCCUGAACGAUGAACAACAAGUGGCCGCUGUGGAGUCUGAGUCCAUCUCUAUCCGAUCGCUGUCGCUGUUGGCCUAGAGCCUCCCUGCCCUUCGGGCUUCCUCGUCGUCUUCUACCUACAAGACAUCUUUGUUGGGAUCGGCUACUGACUUGACUGCCCCUCCGGCGUCAAAAUCUGAUGGUUCAAAUGCCGAUCACUUGGGUUGCUCGUUCCGUCUUCCCCGCAGACCGCACAUUCUCCAAACUCUCUCACACCAUUGACUCGUCGCGUCGCUGGUCUCCGACGAUUUCGAUCGAUACGAGCAUUGCCUCCCCGGGCUCGAUUCCACCCAUUUCACCUUCUUCUGAAGCUGCAUACGGCCAUCUCGGUACCGCAGCCCAAGACCGUACCUGAUUUGCUUGUGCCACCCGCACGCAUGGCCAGAUUUUAUCCGGCAAGGCCGCCGGUCUGGGUGGAUUUUCUGGGUGUGGGGUAAGACCGGGCAACAGUCACCCUGAAUUCAAUCCAGCUCUGUACGACGUCCAUGGUGCUUGCCGUCUCGCCGUCUCGAGACUUUGAUUCUUUCCCAUCCAACAUUCCUGCACUGACCGCCACCAAAAACAGCAAUUUUGGUGAUCCUGACGGCAAUCUUCAAACCUACCCCCCCUCAUGAGUUACGUCCUUAUAUCUCACCUUUCCCCCUCCCAGUAAGUGAUCGGUUCUUUUCCUCUUCCCCUUCCUUAUGUUUAACUUCCUUUACCCCCACGCACUUGUCUUCUCGUUCGCUGCUUCCUGUUUGAUCGCGUGUCUAUCCGGCCCUAAGUGCCUUCUCGUGUUCGCUUCAAUCGUGACAUCACCCGUUUGCUUUGCCUGACAAACGCCGCCAUGCUGUCGACAGAACGAACUCCCAGACCUCAUCCCUUUCGGCACCCUCACCGACCUAUUUCUUCGAACUACGGGACCUCCCCACGAGUCAUGCAAAACGGUACCGACCACCUGGAGCACAUCUGGAUCGUUACCGGUCCUGCAGGAUGCGGAAAGACGACGGUUGCUCAGCACCUUGCUGCCGAGUUGUCGUUACCCUACAUUGAGGGUGAUGACUACCAUCCCAUAGCCAACAAGCAAAAAAUGGCCUCUGGAACCCCCCUUACGGAUGCUGAUCGCUGGGAUUGGCUGAUCACCCUUCGAGAAGAAGCCAUCAAGAAGCUCCAAACCUCCAACUCGGUCAUUGUCACAUGCUCGGCUCUCAAGCGCAAAUAUCGCGACGUCAUCCGAGUCGCCAACUAUGAACACCCUUCCGUCCAAGUCCAUUUCAUCUACCUCAAGGUUGACGAAGCAACGCUGCAAGCGAGAGUCGCAGCGCGAGUCGGACACUAUAUGAAAGAAGGAAUGGUCCACAGCCAGAUGGCCACGUUGGAGGAGCCGGAGGAAGAACUCGAAUGGGAUGUCAUGCAGGUCGAUGUGAGGGACGACAAAGAGCAGGUCAAGCGACAUGCACUAGACCUAGUGCAGCGCAAGCUGAAAGAAUAUGACGAACUGGUGGUGCAGCAACAAGCCUAGUGACGGCGUCUUGGGUGUAGGCAGGCAUUUGAAUGUCUUGGGUACCGGAAGGAUCAGACCAUGAAGAGAAAAUGAUUUGAGCAUGGGCGCAGGGCGUUAAGCAACGGAUUGGAAUAAGGCAAGAUGGCUGGCAGAAGACGCCAACAUCCAGAGUGUACUAGUAAGGGACGGCAAAAGAGGAUCUAAACGAGAGGAAGGGAGUAGCAAGGACGAUGGCUUUGGGCGUCACUCUGAUACGUCUUGGAAACAACGCGUCAAAUGGUGCUUCUUCAGGUUAGGUGACCGCAGUUCAGGAUAUUUUGUUACACACAGUGCAGUACGAGCACGGGCUCUCACAAUGGAAAAGGCUAUUGAAUACCUCAGAACUGAACAGGGUCAAUCAACGCAGAGUCCGC